AUGCCUGACGCAAAGCUUGAACGGGGAACCAGGGGUCGAUAUGCUCGCCUGCUCUGCCAACGCUGCAGGGCCAGGAAGAUCAAAUGCAAUCUGCCAGAUAGAAGCCAGCUUGGGCCUCUGGGCUCCCCGCAACCGCCAGAACAGUCGUGCGAACGGUGCCGCAACCUGGGCCUGGAAUGCGUGAUUGAGCGUUCGACCCUGGGCCGUCCAUCCCUCAAGCGCAGCGAGAGCACUUCUGCCCACAGCUAUCCAGCUGCGCAAAAUGAACAAGUCGGCCUUCUGUUCAAUGCUCAGAUCAAGGAUCACUCGGCCAUAGAGUCAGCCCAGAGUCCAGGAGGCACAGAGUCAACCGCUAGUCCAGGAACCACACAAGAAAUACGCGCGGUGGCCGACAAGACCGUGUUCGAGUCCGUCAUGGAAUUCCAGAACUUCUUUGCGUCCGCCUUGGGCAAAGACAGGAUAUUUGGUGCUACUAUUCCUCGGGCUACUUCUGGCUACACGACUCCUUUGCCAGAGCUGGUGAGCGAGCAGAUGGCGAGCAGCCUCGACAAGGAGCUGGCCUGGUACAAAUUUUUUAUCCCCGGUCUACCAGGCUUAUUAGGCAUAAGACGCCGUCUCGAGUCAGGCGAUGGGCUCAAUAUUGGCACCAACCUGCUCUUCGCACUGCUUUGCCUCAUCGCCUGCGACACAACGGCCAACUUCGACCGGUCUCAUUCAGCCCUGAAGAGGAACCUUCAGCUGGCUGUUUCAUCCUACGGCCAGGAGUUUAUCUUCUCGCCGCCCACUCACCGCGACUCUGUGCUUGUUUGUCUUCUCGCGGCUGAUUACAGACCCACUGCAAUGGCAGUGUCUCAACACACUGCACACAGGGCGAUCAAGUCGACAUUGUACCUUAAUAUAGCAGUCAGGGUUGCUGAAAAGUUACAAAUGCUACCUUCGCAACUCAAUCUCAGCUUUGCCGACAUACCAGCCAUGGGCAACGAGGAAUUCGAACACCAGAUCACAUAUUCUUUACAAGGAAUGAAAGCCUUCACCCAGGACCUCAUCCUUGAUGGACUGUUGUCAAGACCAGUCCAGGUACUGCAAGAAGCGCUCGAUCGCAUGGCACCCCACAUCCACGUUUACCAACAUGUCUUUCAACAUCGACCCUGCUCUCCAAGGGUUAUUUUUCAAAUACAGUGGGCUACGGCGAGCUACAUGCUUUUAGACGCGUUGAAAGAAAUAAAGCAGAACUGGACCAACCCACAACGGCUGUAUCAUGUUGUUGACGAGAUUGAACAACGGUGUCUUGAGCAGAUCCGAUUCGGCCGCCUGGCUCUGUCCAAUACUACGCAGUCUGGGCCCCCUGAAGGCGUACCGGUUGCUCGAGCUUUGCUGGAAUAUCGAUUCCAUGCAGUCAUCGGACGAAUAUAUGGGAUUGCACUUCUUCAUGUCAUGGUUCUCCGGUCCAGAACGUCAAACAACAGCCUGCCAGGGGAUUCUGAGAUAGAUCCCCAGGAAGCAAAUGAAAUAGGCGCCACACUCUCGGAUGCCAUGACCAAUAUUUCCGAUGAACUUGGUGUCCAGAUUGUGACAUUCCUCUCGCGCUUUGGGCAUCCCUUCCCCGAGAGGCUACUCACGGUGCUGGAAAUGUUCAUCGGAUCCACAGAUUUGAAACUUGAUGGUGUACCGUUUCAAGCCCCGUUCCGGGACAUGGUUCUCGAUAUACUCAUAUUUUCCAGAUCUAUUGUGGAGAACAACAGCAUCAAUGUCAGGAAUCUGUAUGGAAGGAUGAGGGACAACGCCGACCAGCAGGUCCUGGUUAUUGCCGAGUGUGCCAAAAGAUUCAGUAACAUGGUGGCUUCCCCUGUUAAGUCCAUUGAAGCUGCUUUUGCCGGAGGCUGCGUGUUUGCCGCGAGUACCAAAGUCAUGAUGGCUUUUUUGGAUAUCAUGAGAGAUUUGAAAAGGGAAAGUGAUCUUGGAAACGCUGGUCCCCUACCGGCUGCGGCUGGUACCUCAGCAGAGGGGCCAGGCAUCAGAAGUUCUGCUUCUGAACAGAACCCAGGAAGUCUGUGGUCUACCGAGCUCAUGCCCAAUUCGUUCAACGCUGAUGAAUUUCUUUUCGACUGGUCCACGAUAAUGGGCUUUGACAAGGACAUGCUAAAUAAUGAUUCCAAUCUUGGCUUCGGUUUUGGUUAA